AAAAUAAGUUCGUAUGAAAAUAGCUGCUGAUGAUAAACAAAUUUUACCUUUUGAUUGUUAUAUUCCAGCUUCGUAGGCACAAUGUUUUCGACUUUCUGUAUCCUUAGGCUCUAUGAUGAUUGUAGCUAUCAUGUUACAUUUUGCAAUGUACUAAUGAUUCCUACUCUAUCAAGUCUAGACACAAGUGCAACAUUUUUAGCAUUGUUAAAGUCAUUAAAGUAAUGACUUAUAACCAUAAUAUGCUUACAUUCAUAUUAGAAGAACAUGCUCAUUUCAUUAUUCUUUUUCAUGUUUCAUUACUUCUGACAUCUAGUAGAUCUCACUCACUAAUAUGAACCUUAAAUUAUGAUUAGUUCACUGUGAUAAUUUAUAUUCCAUGUUUAAGCAUGGUAUCACAACCCAAGGUUGCUCGACCAUCUAGUGAUGCCCCAAAUUGUAGCCAGUAAUCAGAUGUUGCUUCUCCACCUAGCAAAAUUGCCGUGGGUGGAAAGGCUCCACUCUUGCGAAAGUGCACACCUGUCUCAGAUGAGAUCGAGAAAAAUGCUUCCGAUCCGUGACCCCGAGUACAUCUUCGACCAGUCUUCGAACGAGCAACUUGAGUUCAACCCUCAUCUUCUUCUUCCCAACAGCUCCUGCUUCCCCUCCUCCACACCGACAAUCUUUUGUCCCGAUGGCUUUCGUGAUCUCUUCUUAGCCUCCGCCAAUAUCGGCAUCGCGAAUGCGGCUCCAACAUCUACUCGGCCAAGCCUUCCUCUUGGUGAUUCAGCCACAUCGGUGGAGAGGCAGGAAGGCGACGACAGUCGUAGCCGCAAAAGGGCUCUGAGGAAAUGCAGGCACAGCAAGAUAGUUACCGCAAAUGGGCCGAGGGAUCGAAGGAUGAGGCUCUCCAUCGAUGUGGCACGGAGCUUUUUCCGACUGCAGGACACGCUCGGCUUCGACAAGGCCAGCAAGACAGUGCAAUGGCUGCUCACCGUGUCCAAAGCUGCCAUCGAAGAGCUCGGCACCCUUUCCUCAGCCGAACAUAGCGGUUGCAGCAACCGAAGCCCGAAAAGUGAAUCAUCCGCUUUGGUAUGCCAGGAUUCGUCCGCUAUUUCUAGCUCCAAGAACAAGUCCUCCACCGUGACCGUUGCAGCCAGGGAAGUAAAGAAGAGCAAAGCCAGAAAAGGAGGUGUUAAGCCAUCGAGGAAGGUGGAGUACCACUCAGCGCUUGCGAGGGAGUCGAGGGCCAAGGCAAGGGCGAGAGCAAGAGAGAGGACGAGGGAGAAGCAAAGGAUGACUUCCUUGGAUAUCAUCAAGGAAGAAACAAGCUUGAACAAUAUGAACUCAUUGAUGGAGUUUGCUAAUAUAGAGGAAGACGAAUCUUGCGCACCGAACUGGUGCUUGAACGUAGCCAGCGACACAGCCGCAGCCUAUGAAGUCCCAGUGAUAGGUGGACCAGUGCUGAUUCCGGUCUUUGAGAAUAGCCAGGAUACCACGGCAAUUAAUGACGCAGGUGGCAUCUUCGAAGAAGAGUGGGACGUGGACGCACUUUCCUUGUACUUGACAUCGCUGGAAUCUGUAAUAACGCAAACCCCUUAAUUAUCAUUGUAGUUCUGUUUCGUCUU